UAAGAGCACUCAGGAACAUGGCUUCAUCUUUUCUCUGCUUCACCCUCCUCUUCAUCAGCAUCCGCACUGCAGAUGGAUUUUUAGAGUAUAGGGUGGAACGCUGUGAAUUUAACUCCACUGCGCUGAAGCAUAUCGAGUACAUCUACUCUCGCUAUUACAAGAAGAUAGAGUACAUCAGGUUCAGCAGCAGUGUGGGGAAGUAUGUUGGAUUCACUGAGCAUGGAGUGGAGCUGGCAAUGCUCUGGAACAAUGAUACUGCACGGCUGAAUUUAAUGAGACGAAUGGUAACGGAAUAUUGUUACCAUAACAUUGAUGUUCAUGAUCGGGCUGUUCUAGCUAAGUCAGUUCAGCCCAGUGUCAGAAUUAAGUCCAAGACUCCGCUUUCUGGUCAACAUCCUGCCAUGUUGGUCUGCAGCGUCUACGACUUCUUUCCCAGUGAGAUCAAAGUGAGCUGGCUCAGAGACGGACAGGAAGUCACCUCUGAUGUCACUUCCACUAAGGAGAUGGCAAAUGGUGAUUGGUACUACCAGACUCACUCCUACCUGGAGUACACACCCAGGUCUGGUGAGAACAUCUCCUGUGUGGUGGAGCACGCCAGCCUGAAGGAACCUCUGAUCACUGACUGGGAGCCGUCCUCGGACAAAUCAACUCCUGAAUCAACCAUGCUGAUUGCCAUCGGAGCCUCUAUACUGACCCUGGGUCUGAUCUUACUUUUGGCUGGAUGUUUUCUCUACAGGUGGAAAGCCGCAGAUCAUACUCUGUUUUUCAAUUAAUGAGGCAGGAUCCUGAUCCUAGUCCUGGCUCUUUCUGAUGGAGUAAGAAGCAGCUGAUUUGUGUGUUCAGCAGACUCAUGAUCUCUGGAAUGGGCGACUCUGAACCUGAUCCAUGACCAAACUCAUGUAUAGAUGUUUAAUUAAUGUCUUUGAACCACAAUAAACAUAACAUUUCA